AUGGCGGCUUUCACCGACCUCUCCCUGUACCGCUGGCUCAAGAACUGCAAUCUGGUUCGUGACCUCUCAGAGAAGUACGUCUUCAUCACAGGCUGUGACUCUGGCUUCGGGAACCUGCUGGCCAGGAAGCUGGUGGACCGGGGCAUGCGCGUGCUGGCUGCUUGCCUCACAGAGGAGGGGGCCCAGAAACUUCAGCGGGAUGCAUCCUAUCAGCUGCACACUAUAAUCCUGGAUGUCACCAAGACUGAGAGCAUCCGGGCAGCGGCCCAGUGGGUGAGGGACCAUGUGGGCGAGCAAGGCCUCUGGGCCCUGGUGAACAACGCGGGUGUGGCCCUGCCCAGCGGGCCCAAUGAGUGGCUGACUAAGGAGGACUUCGUAAAGGUCAUCAAUGUGAACCUGGUGGGACUGAUUGACGUGACCCUCCACAUGCUGCCCAUGAUCAAGAUGGCCCGAGGCCGAGUGGUGAACAUGUCUAGCUCUGGCGGACGGGUGGCUGUCAUCGGUGGUGGCUACUGCGUCUCCAAGUUUGGUGUCGAGGCCUUCUCCGACAGCAUCAGGCGUGAGCUCCACUACUUUGGCGUGAAGGUCAGCAUCAUCGAACCGGGGAACUACCGGACCUCCAUCCUAGGCAAGGAGGGUGUGGAGGCGCGCAUGCGCAAGCUGUGGAACAAGCUGCCUCAGCAGACCCGCGACAGCUACGGCGAGGAGUACUUCCGCAUUUAUACUAAGAAGUUGAAAAACUUGAUGCGGUCAGCAGAGCCAAGAAUCACGGACGUCACCAACAGCAUGGAACAUGCCAUCGUCUCCCGGAACCCCCGUACCCGCUACAACCCUGGUCUGGAUGUCAAAUUCCUCUACAUCCCCCUGGCCAAGCUGCCUACCCCCAUAACAGAUUUCAUCCUUAGCCGAUACCUCCCGAGGCCAGCAGACAGUGUCUGAGUCAGUUGGUGGAGUGUCGAGAAGGGGAGAGAGAAAGGAAGUCUCUCACCCAGAUGGGUUAGGGCUCUCUCUGGACUCGGAAAAGUCAACAAAUGAGAAAUCAGCUCGUGCUGGAUCAUGACCCAUUGCCACCAUCGUGGAGACAUCGUGGGAGAAUCCAGCCAUCGGAGACUCUCAGCCACCUUCCUCCUGGGUCCUGAAUCAUGCACUAACCUCAUUCAUAUGACCUUUUCCUGCAGUGCCCAGCAGCGCAGCUGGGAGUGAGAGAGUGCACCAGACAAUAGUUUAAAGUCUGCUUUCUCUUGCUAAAGAUUUCUCUGUCUGUAGUUAAUUGGGAUCCACGUGAAAUAGCAUUCAUGUUUUUGCUCACCAUUGCCGAAAUAAUCAAAUAUUUAUUUAGUGCCUACUACCUUGGAGGCACAGUGUAGGUGCUGGAUGAGUGGAUGA